UCGCCGCCAUGGGCGCUUCCAGUCGCAGAGUAAAGCUUGACCUCUUCGCGGAACCCUCUGGAGAUUUGGGUGGCUCUUCUCAAGAUGGAGUUGGAGGGGAUGAAGCUUCCAAAAAUCAAGCUGAGCUACCCAAUUCACCAUCAUCUUCAGGUGGGUUCUGUGAGUUUUCUUCAAAAGGACAUCUUUGUAGAGAAGACAUGAUGUGACCGCAUAAUAUUGGUGGAAAUUAUUGAUUUUCUUUGUACAAGACAUGUUGUUUGUUCCACAAAAGAUUAUGUUUUCAGUCUGUAACCAGGCUGUGGUAUUGGGAACUUUCAAUUGACCAUCAGUAUACAUCAAGGCCCUGCCACAGUGAAUAUUGAUUAACUUCUUACCUUUCAUGUCCUUCUGUGGCGGCAUCAAAGGCUUGUGGAGAUAAAAUGAAGAGUAUUUUCUCCUCUCGGUUCGUCUUCAACAAGAGAAUCCUCUAAUGUUGCUUGGGCAGUAUAGUGAUGAUGAGUUGGAUGAGGGUUCAAGUGAAGGACCUAUACGUGCUGGCUCAGAGGACUCCUCAGUUGCCCAUGAUGACCAGGGAAAAGUAGCUUCUACAGAAGAAAAGAAUGAUGCUAAGGGUGUGAUUGGCUCUGAUACUGCCAAAGUUAAAGAUGAAGCAAAAGAAAAUGGCUCUGCCUCAGAGAACUUUUUGCAGAGACCGGAAGAGGAUGAGCAUAAAGGAAGUGAUGCUAUAUACUCAGUUGAAAAGUUAAAAGAAAAGGAUGUGAUGAGUCAAAAUACUACUCUUGGAGCAUUUGAUGCACAAGUUGGUGGUGAUGUAAUUUCAGGCUGGAAGGUUGUUUUUCAUGAAGAGAGCAAUCAAUACUAUUAUUGGAAUGUUUCAACAGGAGAAACAUCAUGGGAAGUGCCCAAUGCUUUGAUUCCAUCAUCUGAAUUGGAGAAUGAUGAGAAAGCUACUGAUGGUGUUGAUGUGGAGGAUGCCAUGCAGAGAACAUAUGAAUCUCAUACAAAUUUGAAUGUAAAACCGGGAGAUUCUAACCCUGGAGACACAUGUGAUGACUCUAAUGAUAAUAAUGAAUGCAAGAUGGAAAUGUUCAAUGAUGGAUUUAAAUGCAAUGCUCAGCAAGAGAAAGGAGUGGAGGAUGAUGCCAAGAUGAGUGACACGAAGAAAAUGUCUGGGCAACUUGAUUCCUGUCGUGAUAUUUCUUCUCCUGUGGGUUGUUCUUCCAAGCUAUCAGGGGACAUUCUUUUGUCUCAUUUAAGUGAAUCAGGUGAAGAUGUUGAGAAGCACAGAGAUGUGGCGAGUGCUGGAGAAUUUGAUAUUGAGGCUGACUUUUCCUCUCACCUUGUGGAACAUUGCGAAUCUCUAUUAGAGAAAUUGAAGGUCAUGCAAGGGUCUGAAAAAAGUUUGCAAAAACAUGAUCAAAUAUCAAAGUAUGUGCUAGAAGUUGAUAUCAGACUCACUGAUAUUAGAUCUUUAGCAUGUAAUGGAUUGUCCUUGCUUCCAUUCUGGGUGCACUCUGAAAAACAACUUAAACUACUAGAAGCAGCCAUAAAUGAAGUUUGUGAACAGUGUAAUUCCUUACGUGGCCAUGACGUUGAGGCUUUACAUACUUCACAACAUGAGUUUACUGAUGACACCAAAGUGGAUGCAAAUGAAAAGAUUGCCAUCCACCAUUGUGCCACUGAGUACACUGGAAGUCCAGAGACCAGGAAAGAUGCCCAUGUUGAACCUUACCAUGAUGGUGCUUCUACAAAUUCUGGGAGCAAUACAAUUGAAGAAGGUGAAGUAGUUGAACUUGCAGCGCAUGAAGAGUUAGCUCCUAAAACAGUGCUUCUUCCCGAAGAAGUUGACAUGGAUGUGGAUAUGGAAGUUGAAGAUGUAGGACCUCCAUGUGGCCCAAAAGUUGGGGAUGCAUCAGUUGGCCAAUAUCAUCUUGUGCCAGAGAAGGAUAUGGUGACAGCCCUAUCAGCAAAUGAGGGAUCUUCAUUGCCAGAUAAAACAUCUGAUGUUCCACCACCUCCCCCUGAUGAAGACUGGGUCCCUCCACCACCUCCUGAUGAUGAGCCUUUUCCUCCCCCACCACCUGAUGAGCCACCCGAAACAACAUAUUCUCAGCCUUCUGAUUUGUCCUCAGUACAACCUUUUCCUUACACUUUAUCAUACCCAGUUUCUGGUUAUGAAUACUAUGGCCAAAUUAACAAUGUUCCUCCCAAUAGUAACUUAUACUCACAUGCUGAGGGUCAGAUAACUGUUUCACAUCAACAGCUGUAUUAUGAAGCAGUACCAAAUCUGUACAGUUCUGAUCCAAUGGCAGUUAAUGCUGUUAAUCCUAGUGCCUAUUAUGGUUUUCAAGGCGGAGCAGCACACCAUGUUCCUGUAGUGGCUGCAGAUUCAUCUGUGCUUCCUAGUGGAUCUAUUAAUGAAAAAGCUAUUUCUGGUUCAAUUGGAUCAUUUGGCACACUUACUGAAGUGAGCUCUGUUUUGCCAAUUCAAAACAAACCCAAUGGUGUUGUUGAUGUUGGGAGUUCAGGGGUAUCUUUAAGUUUUCCUUCUCAAACAUCCUUGCAAGUCACAGACACUGUCUUGCCUCCAGAGAACACUUUGGUCGCAUCAACUUCUUCUAUCCCUUCUGCUACUUCUACAGCAACAGCUUCUAAUGUUCCAUCUAAAGUUUCUCGUAAAAAGAAGGGCACUAUUGCUGUAGGCUCGACAUUAAGGUCAAAUAAAAAAGUCUCCAAUUUGGUUGACAAGUGGAAGGCUGCAAAAGAAGAGCUACAUGCAGAAGAAGAAGAGGAACGUGCAAGUGCAUAUGAAAUAUUAGAGAAGAAACGGCAACGAGAAAUUGAGGAAUGGCGUGCACAGCAGAUAGCCAGUGGAGAGGCUAGAGAUAAUGCUAACUUUCAGCCACUGGGUGGUGAUUGGCGAGAGCGUGUGAAACGAAGAAGAGCUGAAAAGAUGAAAGAGGCUGAAAAGAAGCCCACUGAUGGUGCUGAAGAAAAUCGACAGCCUGAUCUUAAUGCGUCAUCAAUAGGUCUUCCAUCUGGAUGGCAAGCAUACUGGGAUGAGUCGUCGAAACAGGUGUAUUAUGGAAAUGCUGCAACAUCGGAAACAACCUGGACUAGACCAACAAGUUGAGAAAUGUGUUGUCAUUUUUGGUUUUGGUUGAUGCAUUAUGUGUUUCUUGUAUUGUAAAUAACAGAUUAAUGUUACAUACAUGUAACUUCCAAGUUUGAUCUGAUUAUAACCUUUCUUUCAAGUCCCAACUUCAUCUGGUCUCCCUUUUUUCCAUUGCCUAAUUUGAGUUAACAAGGCUGAGUAGUGGUCAUGGUCUUUGUACUCUAAAAAUUUUGAUCUAAUUAUUAUUAUUGACAA